CUUAACCUCGCAGCACUACAAACAAAGCUCAUCAGCAACCAGCAACCUUGCAAUCAACGACAAUCACCAGCUGUCUACCGACUUUUACAUCGGACACUUCCAGGAUGAGUGACAACGAACGAGGAAAUGACGACGAACUGUCACUACCAAAAGCGACGGUACAGAAACUUAUAAACGAAAUGAUGCCGGACGAUAUUGCCUGUGCUAAGGACACGCGCGACCUUCUUAUCGAAUGUUGCGUCGAGUUCAUCCACUUGCUGGCAUCGGAAGCAAACGAGAUCUGCGAGAAGGAAACAAAGAAGACAAUCGCAGCGGAACAUGUUAUCGCAGCACUCAAGGCACUGGGCUUCGACGGAUAUCUGCCAGAAGUCGAAGUUGUAUUGCAGGAUCACAAGACACAGCAAAAGGUCAAGGAUAAGGACAAAAAGUCGGGAAGGCUAGAGAAUUCUGGCAAGACGGAAGAGGAACUUUUGAUGGAACAAACAAGGCUGUUUGCUGAAGCAAAGGAGAGGCACCAAACCCAACAUCAUUAGUACCCAUGGAUUAGAAACACACCCGAGGCCUCUUGGGCGUCAUCAUUCUUCCAAAGAUAUAUGGCUUUACAGGAUCUGCACCUCUCUCUCGAACAGGACAUCAGAAUCGACACCAUCCAUUGAAAAUACGGCUGCCAGCAGCCAUAUCGUGUCGUAGCUCUAGGCAACCACUACCAAUGUAUAAAAACUUAUUAUCUUUAAUCAUCGCAACUAUUUUAACAAGCAAUAAACGUUUUAUUACGACUGGUGAU